CAUCUGCGCCGAUGUCUGCGCAGACAAAUCGUUGAGUGUGGACCGGGGUUAAGAGUUGAGAUUUGUCGAAGUACAUGUUUGUGUCACAGGAAAGAUGUUAACUGGAGUGGCUGUGCCUUCUGUUAGAAAAUGUUAUUCUUUUUUGAUUGGAAGAAGAUUUCAUUGUGUCUUAGAACACUGUUGUUAUAAUCAUAACACGGGAAAGAAUUAUGCUGUGACAUCGAGAAAAGAUCAUACUGGUACUAAUGUGGAUAGCGAUAGUAGUUUGUGUUACCUACAUUUCAAAAAUGGCUUUAGUGAUGAUUUAAAAAUGCGUGUCGCACAAAAUAUGAUCGUAAUUGAAGAUUUUGUAACAGAAGGGGAAGAGAAAUCGCUGUUUGAAGAAGUGGAACCAUAUAUGAAAAGAUUACGAUACGAAUUUGAUCACUGGGACGAUGCCAUACAUGGGUAUCGUGAGACCGAACGUUCAAACUGGAAUGCAGCAAACUCAGUGAUAAUACAGAGAGUGAGAGAAGCUGCUUUUCCACCCGGAACACCUCAGCUAAGUUUGGUGCAUGUAUUGGACCUGGCUGAGGAUGGGUUCAUAAAAGCACAUGUUGACAGUGUAAGGUUCUGUGGGAACACAAUUGCAGGGUUGAGCUUGCUGUCAGACUGUGUAAUGAGGCUAGUUCACACGGAAGAUAAGUCGGCUAUUGUUGAUGUCUUGUUGAGGAGGAGAUCACUUUAUAUUAUGAAGGAUAUUGCAAGAUAUGACUUUACUCAUGAAGUUUUGGGCAAAAAGAAUUCAAAGUUCAGAAAUCAAGAAAUUGUACGUGGGAGGAGGUUGUCGGUAAUCUGCAGAAAUGAGCCAGAGCCCACAAAAAAGUGACACAGAAGAAGAAGAAGAAGAAGAAGAAGAAGAAGAAGAAACUAAGUUUACAUAGUAUCACAGAAAGUGGGGCUCAAAUCUCCUCACAGCCAUCCCGAUUUAGACUUUGCGUGGUCUUCCUAUAUCACUUAGGCAAAUGAUGGGAUGGUUCCUCAGACAAAACAAGGCAUAUUUCCUUCCCCAUUCUGAGGUUGUUUUUAUUUAUGUUAAUUACCUUGACAGCUAAGGGACAUUGAAUCCUGAUUUCUGCCCAUUCUUUAAAUAUGUUUUGUAAGCUCCUAGACGUUACAAACUCUUUGCUACUACUGUUUACUCGUAACACCUUUUUGGAAAAUGGCUGUUAUUGAUCCAAUUACCAGGCUGCUAUUGAAAUCCAUGUUUUGACACACUUGUUUUUUGUUGUUCUGAUGUGGAAAUGUGUCUCAAGACAUUGACAUUGUAUUGGUCAAAGAGAGAAGCCUUUUUCAAUUUAAAUGUAGCCAUUCUGAAUUAUUGAAAUAUGUUAUAAUGAUGAAGAUGUGACAGAAUUGCCUGUUAAAUAUGCAACCAAUAAGAGAUGCUAAGGACAGACAAGCCUUGCUUUUAAAUUACAGAAGUGUACCUGAUACUGAAAAACAUUGUAAAGUGAAAUAUUCAAGAAAAAUGACAUCAGCUUGUAGCAUUUCACGUAUGUUGAAUAAAUAGUAUUAUAAUUUCUAAA